ACACCUGCUGUCGCAACUCCCAGCACUGGCGGCGGUUUCAAAUUCAAGAUCAAGAACUCGCAACCACCGACCCCUCAGAACGAGGCUACCCCCUCCCAGCCACCACGUCCAGCUCAGUCAACAGCAUCUGUACUUCCAAAGAAGAUCAAGAAGCCCAAACAGCCUACAGACGAUGCUACCAAGAAACGCUCCGCUCAAGACGACAUCUCGCCUGCGCCCAAACGCCCCACCAUCAACACUCAGGUCGCUCCCAAGAAGAAAUUCUCCAUCAAACUAGGUGGUGGUAGUGCCGGCGGACAAGACUCGGCCUCUUCGACCCCGACACGCCUCAAGCUGAACGCAAGAAAGCAAAGCUUGGGACCCAAGUCAAUUUCCAUUGUCUCGAGGAAAUACGUACCCAAGCGACCUGUGGGUGUUGGCUACGAUUCAGAAGCGAGUGAUGCAGAAGACGAUCCAGCCGUCGAGCAACAAUGGGUACUGCGCAUGGCCCCUGGUCCGGACUGCGACUACUUGCGUGAAGCCAUCAUAAACAAAACCCUGGGCGAGAAGGCAGAACAAGGCGGAGCUUAUGUUAAUAUCAAGUUUCUGGACAAGGACCUGCGUCGCGCCAUCGUGACUGUCAACAAGACGAACUACGCCGCUGUCAUGGUCGAUCUGCCGUGUAUCAUCGAGGGAAUGAAGAGUUGGGACAAACGUGGAUGGUGGAAGGUCGCCGAUAUCUGCCAGAUGCUACUAGUCCUGGGUCCCACUGAAGGUGAGACGACGGCAAAGUACGCCCCGCUGCCACGCGAGGUGGAUAAGAACACGUUCGCAUAUGCACACGGCUUGACACCGCCAAUGCACUGGGUCCGUAAGAGGCGCUUCAGACAACGAGCCAGCUACAAGUCUGUCGAACAUGUUGACGAUGAAGUCGAACGUCUUAUCAAAGCCGAUGAACUGGUUGAGAAGACAGGAGGUAAAGUCACCUACGACAUUGUCGACAACGACGCCCCUGAUUCCGCAGCGCCAGGAGACCAAGAUAUGGAUUACUAUGAUGAUGAAGAUCCACUCGAUUAUAGAACAACGACUGAAGACGCUUAUGGUCAAGCCUAUACUGCGGAGCCUAUGCAAGAAGAGGAAGACGACGAGGAUCUGGAAGGCAUGCUGGGUGCUGCUCUGUUCGACGAAGAUAUGGCAGAUGCGCCACCAUUACCACCUGCCGAUGCGGCCGCCGAGUUGAGCGCCACUCCUGCGGCAGCUCGAGAGGCAUCGAGCGACGAAGACGACGAUUCUGAAGAGUCUGACGAGGACGAAGAUGAAGGACCCGACACCAUCGACGAAGAAGCGGUCGCAGAACAGGCGGUACAAGCUCAAGUACGCGAAGAGAUCGAGGACCUGGAGAAGGAGGUUGCGAACGCGCGCGCUAACGUCGAGCGCUCCAUGAACCCCAUGCUCAGACAGCGUAACCUCAAUAAGCUGCAAAGUUUGGAGAGUGAACUUGCCAUGAAGCGCAGAAACUUUGGCAUGGAGGUUGAUGACGAAGAUAAUGAGGAGUGA